ACAGGUGGCAUUUUAUUUUGUUUUCGGGCAUUGUGCUUGAAGUGUGUUUAUUCUGGACCGGAAGUGAACGCACUUUAAUGCUUUAGAUUGACAACAGGUCCGGCUCCAGCUGAAACAGAAGAGCUGCAAGUAAGCCACAUGUUUUACUGAGGACAGAGUCAUGGUGGUGAAGAAGAAGACAGCCAAAGUGGAGGCUGUGGUUUUGGAUGAGGAGAAACUGCAGAAGCUGAUAGCGUCCCUCUCUGUGGAUGGAGCAGAGGAUGGAGUCCGGCAGCUUGCCCACACACUGCAGUCCUGUUUGGAGCUGACGGAGCCAGUGCAGCAGAUCCAGCUGGUUAAAAAGGCAGGCUCCCAGCUUGAGUCUCUAAGUGAAGAGCAGCCUGAUGGAGCUCUACUAGAUGCCUGUCUGCACACCCUGUCUCUGGUCUACACCUCGCUGCAGGCCAAGAACCCCUUACGGCGAGCCAUUGCCAGCGCCUUAGGUUCAGUACCAGCGUGGCUUCAAGAGCGCACUGUAAACCGUUUGUCUGCCUGCCUGUCCGACUGUCUGUCCAACCCAGCGUCAGACCAGUAUCCGCACGUCGUGGACACCGUCACUGCCUGUCUGGAUGGCUUCACUCUGGGUGAGAGGUGUAUAAAUAAACUGCUGCCUGAAGUGUUGCAGUUCCUUCACAAGGGAUUGAGUGAAUACCUUCACCAGAACAGUGGUCUAGCAGGACGUCACAUCGCCCAGGCCCAGCUGAUGCAGUCCUGUCUGGCUGCUGUAAAGACCUCCAUGUUGGUGAUCCAGAGAUCCCAGGAGACCAUCAGCACCGCCCUGCAGGCUGAACAGAAUGACUGCAAGCUGGAGGAGACACUGAGCAGCCUGCUGGGCUGCUACAUACACAUCCUAACUGACGAGGAGUUCAUCCAGUCUGUCCAGAGUACAGCUGGCAUGGCCGUAGUGUUAUUGAUCAGGUCUGUCAUGGGAUGUGGAGAUGAAGUUGCUUCUGUGGUGUGCAGUUUGCUGUGUAGCUCUGCGCAGGGUUUGGACUCAGCCCCUCAGUGGCUGAAGCAGAGGUGUGAAGGUCUGUGUACCAGUGGUCGCCCACCAGGCGUCUCUCUGUAUCUGUGUCACGGUGCUCUGGCCAUGUUGAGCUGGAAAGGUGCUCUCGCAGGGCCACAGUGGGAACGUUUGCUGCUAUUGGUCCCAAACACACUCCUGGAUCUGGAUGUUAGUAUAAAGGAGUCCAGCACAGCCAUGGUGGUGGCCCGGGUGCUGACCCUGUGGAGCAGUGCUGGUCUGGACUGCCUGCAGGGAGGCGGGCAGCCCUGCUCUCCCCACCUCCAACAAUCCCUCUGUGGAGGUUCGGAGCUACAGCGACACCUGCUGGAGCACAUCUACUCUCACUGGGAGCACCCUUUGGAUGGGGUUCGCCACCAAACCCGCUCCCUGUUCCGCAACCUCCUCCUCCUCCAUCAGCACACCAACCCCUCCACAUCUCACCCAACCGAGGACUCCUACAUCACAGAGCUCACCCAAAGCCUGCUGGGACUAGAGUGGCACAUGAGGGGGAAGUAUGGCUCCUUGGGAUGCCUCGUGGAGCUCUACGGGGCUCGGUACCUGCUUGACAUCCAGCCCGAGCUGCCUUCAUGUCUCCUGGGCCUGAUGGGGGACCAGACUCUGGCUCCUUAUGCCAGCGACCUUCUGGAGAGGCUGUUUGUUAGCCACAAGGCGCAGCUGGCCAGUGAGGCUGGUGAAGCAGACAAGAUCGCCACAGAGGAUUGGAUGGAGCGUUGGCACCGGACGUGGGUAACCCCUCUCUUACAGGUGCUGUGCCGUGCCAGACUGGACCAGACCACGUACAUCCUAGACUAUUUUCUACCCAAGCUGCUCCGCUGCAGCCCCUCCAGUCUGGCGCACAUGGUGCAGGCCUUGCAGGACACACCGCCGUGCAGCACGGGUCCUUCUGGGAGCAGGGGGGCACUCGGAGCUCUCAUGACGUGCCUGCGGGCAGCCAGGGCUCAGGGUGUCAUUCCAUCCUCAGAGGAGGGUCUGUGGGGUGGACUGGUGCCCCUCUCUCUACUCCAACAAGCACUGAUACACAAACACGAUCAAGUGAGGAUGGACGCUUUGGGCUUAGUGUGCGAGAGCCACCGGAGCACGGAAGUUCUGAGCGUGCAGGAAAUGGACCUGAUCCGCCACUUCCUGCUGCCUAAUCUCAACAGUCAGUCACCAGGUGUCAGACAGCAGACAGUCAGCCUGCUGAAGAAGCUGCUUUGCAGAAUGAAGGACAGCACCAUGCUGCUGCAGAAGAGACUGAUCCAGGAAAGAGACCAGGAGCAGAGAGACAGAGACCAACACACAAUACAUCUGUACAAGGAGUUCCUGCGCUGGAUGUGUGUGAGGCUGCUGGAGGUUUUGCUUCCUGGAGCCUCCUUCUCAAAGUGCCUCAUGUGCCUCCACCUGCUGUGUCUGCUCGGCCAGCUCUUCACCUUCAGCACAGGGUCUGAUGUGUUUGCACUUGGUGACGUCGUGACCCCUGCCCAUGCUCAGAAUGUCCUCUACUGCGUCGCCAGCAACUUCCUGGAAGUCAAACAGCUGGCCUCAACGUUGAUACGGCAGCUCCCACAAUCAGCUGUGGGACUACAGGUCCAGGAGAGGAUGCGCUGUGUCCUUCAGGCUGCUCUGGACCUCAGCACCAGCACCAAGCCUUUUGACAGCGUCUCAGCAGCCCACCUCCUCAACCUGCUGCUCCAUCAGCCCGACCUGAGCCAAGCUCUGUUGCACUGUGCGCAACAGCAGGGCCUCGAUUUCCAGCCACCGUCCCCUCCACCGUCGCAGCCUUCUGAUGCAGUCAUCUUGGAGAUCAACACGCUGGCCGUGGUUCAGUUCUUGCUGCACUCACUGCAGUUAGAGGUGUCGAGGGCCGAGUCAUCUCUCUUGCAGGCGGCUGCUUCCUAUCCUCUCUACGGCAGAGCCCACUGCAUCACUGCUGUCCUGCAGCAUCUGAACACAGAGAGUCUGAAGCAGACCGAGCAGUGGAGAGGUCUGGUGUCAGAGCUGAUCGCUGUGUGCUACAGGAUGUCUGAUGUGGUCUCUCCUGUAGUCCAGAGCUCAUCCCCAGAAGGACUCAUCCCCAUGGAUAAUGACUCAGAGACGUCAGCUGGUCUGCAGAGGAUCUUGCAGGAGAUUCAGCCUAGAGACACCAAUGACUUCUUCAUGAGUGCCAGAGAGCUGGACACACAGCCUGGAGAUGAUCACGCACAGACCCAGAAGAUACACACACCGUCUCUGGACACAGGCGGUGAGGGCUACAGGGUGACAGCCCAGAUGGUGCUGGUAUGUUGCUGGCGGAGCAUGAAGGAAGUGGCCAUGCUGCUUGGACAGCUGUGUCAGAGCCUGCCGCUGCACUACACCAAUGACAACUCGCACACACACCCUGGGCUCAUCACGGAGGCACAGGUGGAGGGAGUAGGCCUCUACUUCCGUCAGCAGCUCCUGCAGUCCCGUCAUCGUGGCGCCUUUGAACUGGCUUAUGUGGGCUUUGUACGCCUCACCGACAUGCUGUGCAGGAGUGGAAGUCAGGCCCUGCAGCAGCUUCCGGCCCGCUGGCUGUCUGAGGUUCUGGAGGAGGUCAAAUCCAGUGACCCAUCGUCCAAGCUGUGUGCCACACGACGCAGCGCUGGAAUACCUUUCUAUAUCCAGGCUCUGCUCUCCUCUGAGCCAAAGUCGUCCAGUUGCGGUCUGUUGAAAAUGACCAUGAGAGAGCUGAUCGCUCUGGCCAUGCCGUCUAUCGACAGGAACACUGACAGCUCCACCGUCCCUCAGGUCCACGCUCUGAACAUCCUCAGGGCUCUGUACAGGGACACUCGUCUGGGGGAAAACAUCAUUCCCUUCGUCUCAGAUGGAAUGCAGGCUGCUGUUCUGGGCUUCACCUCUCCUGUUUGGGCCGUAAGGAACUCCUCCACUCUUCUCUUCAGCACUCUGAUCACAAGGAUCUUUGGAGUGAAGAAAGGGAAGGACGAGCACUCGAAAAAGAACAGGAUGACGGGCCGAGAGUUUUUCACUCGUUUUCCAGCUCUCUAUCCGUUCCUGCUGAACCAGCUGGAGGAGGCUGCAGCCACGGUGGAAAGUGACAGUGGUCAGGUGAAGCUUCACCCCAGCUUGUUUCUGCUGCUGCUGGUGCUGAGUCGACUCUACCCUUCUCCCAUGGAUGGAUCUUCUUCACCUCUGGGACUCGCUCCUUUCAUGCCCUUUAUCAUUAGAUGCGGCCGCUCAGCAGUGUAUCGGACCAGAGAGAUGGCGGCUCGGGCCCUCGUCCCCUUCGUGCUGGUCACCCAGGUCCCGUCCAUCGUCCACACUUUACUGCAGGAGCUUCCCUCAGAGCCCGGACCCAAAAUCCAACACAACCACAUCCAUGGCACUCUGCUGCAGGUGCUCUUUCUGUUGCGAUCCUACCAGACUGACUCACACAGACCCCUGACAGCAGGAAAUGGCAUCAGCAAAGCCCUCCGUCAGCGCAUGUGGCUCGCCUCACGACAGAAUAGCUGUGUGGUGACCAGAGGAGCCUUUCUCGAUGUGUUGGUGUGCCUGUGUGGGCCAAAGAUCAGUCUUCUGCACAAUUCAGAAGUCGGUGAUCUCCGCCAGGAAGCUCUUUCCAUCCUGAUGGCGUCAGAUCUCGUCACCUCCGACAUUCCCUCUACCCCCCUGGGGCCCGGCAGCACCCAAUACCUGCUCAGCCUGGCCCGGGUGGCUGUCAGCGCCAGCGUGGAACUUCCAGAGCUCUGGUAUGGGGCUCAGCCCGCAAGCCAUCUCCUGCAGUGUCUGCUGCGGUGCCCACAGUACGAGGUGAGAGAGCUGGCACUGGAGGGGGUCCUGAAGAGGCUGCAGGAGGAGGAAGAGGAAAAGAUGAUGAGACCUCAGUGGCUGGACGAGACCACCCUGUCGAACCUGACCAGCCUGGCUCUUCACGAGACACACCCCCAGUGUCUGGCCAAGGUCCUCACAGUGUUGUGUGUGUUGAGCUCCAGCGAUGAGCUCCACUGGAGGGAUGGUGUUAAGAUUCUGUCCCACGAGGAGGUCCUGCUGCACCUUCUUACUCUGGCUCAGAACUCUGCUCACAGUGUGGAGCUCCACUGUGCUUCUCUGACCCUGGUCUCUCAACUGGUAGUUCAAACGGUGAACUCCAACCCUCAGGGUGCAAGUGCAGUGGCUUGUUUAGCCCAAUGGGUGGCGCUGGUGUGCUCAUGCUGCAGCGAGGAGCAGCCAGUGGAGGUGAAGCUGACAGCCGCCAAGGUGUUGGUCAACUGUACAGCCACUGUGCUGAGCAGCCCACAUCUGCCACUGGGUCUGUCCACUACAGUUUCUCUGUGGAAGAGUCUGUUUAAGCUGCUGCAGGAUGAAGACCAGGAAGUCCGAGAUUCAGCCUCUGACUUUAUCUCUGUACCUGCACCUCUGCUCAGUACAGAUGUGGCAGGUGUCUCCGUGUGUCCUCCGGUAGCCCUGGACUCGGGCGUGGGACUCCUGUGUCGGCUGUUUGAGUUGUGGGGGCGCGUACCAGAGGGAACCCUCGCCCUGACAGAGUGGCUGCUGGGAGAAGAAGAGGGCAGCGAUGGAACUGUUGCAGACGAAGCUUCCAGUCUGGACGAAGAGGACUUCCUGUUUGAGAAGGGGGACCUGAACCUGUGGGCCGAGCCGGUCCAGUGGGUGAAGCUGCUUCACAGGCACCUCGGCUCCCUCCUCCUGCCCUUCAAGCAGGGUACAGGGCCGGACCAACUCCACCAAAUCCGGACUCUGUCAACUCAGGCCCAAGCCAAGGCACUCAGCUCCCAGCAGGUCCUGGACUCCCUCCCUGCCCUGCCCCAGUUCUCCUGCACCAUGGAGCACGCCCGGCUGGUGCUGCGACACCAGAGAGCCACACUGGCUUUAGAUGUGCUGGAGAGGCUGAGGUAGAGGAGCGAGCGAUGUAGCACACAAUUUUUGAUUUUGGAGCAACAUUUCUAAUAUUCACAUAAAGAAGUUAUCAGACAACUUGUAUGAACCAACGCAUGAGACCACAGACUGGCUUUGUGGUUGAGUCUUUUUCUGAUAAAAUCAAGAGAAUGAAGGAUACAGAAUGAUUUUUUUACCCCGUAUGCAUCUCAUACUUUAUCACUGAGUAGAAGAUGUGUUUUAAUUUGUAUCCUUCGUGUGUUUUUAAUGUAAUCUGUCUGAAAUUCCUGAAUUUUUUUAUUCCAAUGUUUGUUUUUUUCCCAACCGGAAAAGGCUCUCUCUUUAGGGUAAUAAAGAUAUACAAUAAUAA